AUGUCACUAUUACAAUGUUUAUCAUUUUCUUUUAAAGACACCCUAAAUAUAUUACUAUUUUCAGUGUUUCUAUAUAUUAGUCAUUUCUAUUACCAAUAUUUUACUCGCGUUAACAAACUCCCUGGGCCAUUUCCCUUACCUAUUAUCGGAUCUGUUUGUAUACCAAUUUUACUUCUUGCUUUUCAAUUGCUUCUCCAAAAACAAUAUGGUGAUGUUUUUGAAGUCUGGUUAAGUAAUAAACGCAAGAUUUAUUUAUGUCGCGUAGAACAUUGGGACAAGUUACUUUCAUCUUCUACAAAAACAAAAUGGUUAUCUCGUAUGGGAACAAAUGAAGGCCUUCACGAACUUGGAAUGAAUCAACGAGGAAUAUUAGCAAACGAUAAUCUUGAUAGUUGGAAAUUUAAUCGAUAUUUUUUUAAUCAAGCUAUGCUUACUCCUAGUUUUAAUAUUAAAGCUAUUGAUGCUACUAAUAAAAUAUGGAAAGAGAUGGAACUGUAUUGGAACACACUUGGUAAUGAUUAUCAAAUUGAAUUAUCUCAAUGGAUGCAACGAUUUACUAUUGAUAUGAUUAUUGAAAUUACUACUGGAAAAAGGGCUUAUACAUUGCCUGUGUACUUUAAUACAUUUACCACAAAAAAAAUUGUUGAUAUUCCGUCAGCCAUAUUAGAUGAUUCUGAGUAUUUUAUCCAUAACAUACAAAAAUAUGUUGCAGCUUUCACCACAUUUGCUAUUUUUCCUUAUUACAUUAGACACUAUGUACCAAUACUUAAAAAUUUUACUAAAAUUGGAAUAGAAAGUCGUGAUAAUAUAAAUGGAAAAAUUAUGGAUAUUAUUAAAAAUAGGAGAAAAGAGAUUGAAGAAAAGAAUGAUAAUGAUAUGGUAUUUAAUGAUAUGUUAUCAUUACUCAUUGUGGCGAAUACCGAAAAGGAUAACAAUAAGGGUAGCAGACCUGAUUUACGACCUAUGACUGAUGAUGAAAUUAUGGGAAAUAUUAGGGAUGCAUUUAUUGGUGGAAGCGAAACGACCACAAAUGCGAUCUGCGUUUUAGUCUAUUAUAUAUGCAAACAUCCAAAAGUCUUAAAAAAGCUUCGGCAAGAGCUUGAUGCGGUCUUUGGUGAAGAUCAUGAUCGUCCAUUUACUUCGGAUGAUAUCUCUAAAUUAAAGUAUUGUGAAGCUAUAUUAUAUGAAGCAGGAAGAAUGCAUCCUAUCGCUCAUUCUACUUCUCGUGUAAACACUGAACCUGAUGAAUUGCUUGGUUAUCAAUGGCCAGCACGUUCUGAAUUUAUAAUGUUUUUUGAUGGUGCAAAUAAACAUCCUCUAUAUUGGAAAGACCCUGAGAUCUUUAAUCCAGAUAGAUUUUUGGAUGAUAAUAUUGUAAAAAGAAAUUUUAUAUUAUUUGGUAAAGGAAUCCGACAAUGUCCUGGUAAGAAAUUGGCAAUGAUAGAGAUGAUAGGAAUAAUGGCCAUGCUAUUUAGAAAGUAUGAUGUUACUUUAAUUAACGAAGAAUUACAUUACAAAAGUAUGUUAUUUAAUUCUAUUAUUGAAGGAAUGUUUGUAAAACUUACACCUAGAAAAGAUGUUAUAUUUAACUAA